AUGGAAUCUUCAUUCCAACAAACUUGCAAGAAGAUAGAUUAUUGUAUGGAUAGAAAAAGACGUAAAUCAACAUUAACAGCAGCAUCAUCACAGCAGCAGCAGCAAAGCUCGAGUAGUAGUAGUAAUAAUAACAGUACUUCUCCCCGUGGUGAUACAACAACAGCCUCCUCAUCUUUGACGACACCAGUAACAUCUCCUGUCAAACAACCAUUUGUUUCAAUCAUUAAAACUAGAUCACAAAUAGCUGCUGAACAAGCUCGACUAGAUAGUAGUAGCAAUAAUAAUAAUAAUAAAACACCAAAGAGAAAACAACCAGAAUCAUCAUCAACCAGUACAACAUCAACUACAUCGACUCCAUCAUCGACUCCAUCCCGUUCAUUCCUAAGUCGUAAAAAGUCAAAUUUAAAAGUUGAAGUUGUACAAGUAGAAGAAGAAGAAGAAGAAGAAGAGGAAGAAGAAGAAGAAAAGGUAGAAAAAGUAGUAAAGAAACCAAAGACAACAACAACAAAGAAAGUAACACCAAAAAAGAAAGCAACACCUAAAAAGAAACAACAACAGACACCAAAGAAGAAAAAGAAAACAACAAUGUCUUCGGUUAGUAGUAAAAAGUCUGCUACAUCUUCUGAUGAAGACACUGAUCUAAAGGAUGUUGUAGAGUCAACUGAAGAGUCGCCGAUCCAAGACGACGAUGAAGAUGAAGACGAGGAAACCACAACGACUACCACCACGACUACGAUCAACAAUAGUAAUAAUAAUAAUAAUUCGUCAUCGGUACCAGCAGCCGACCAAAAUACAUUGCAGGGGUUGAUGAGAGGGUUGACUGGAGCAUUCUUUAAUGAACUGGGAAUGAGAACAUCGGCGGGUGGAGGUAAUCCAGCAGCUACCAAUGCGGCGACAGGCCUAUUAAAUACACUCAUCGAGGGUAGAUCGCGACUCAAACAAAUACUGGCUGGAUUGAAAUCAGACGACGAAAGCGAACAGAUGGAAUCGUUGAUAGAGUUGUGCGAGCUACUCUCAAUCGCCACUGAAGACACGAUGGUAGGGUUCCCAAGCGACUCUUUUUCACAGGCACUCAUCAACCUACUCAACAUGGAGCAUAACCCCGACAUGAUGUUGUUGGCGUGUCGUGCCAUGUCCAACAUGCUCGAAGCUCUCCCUGGAUCGGUCUCUUCGGUGGUCAGUCACGGUGCUGUACCCGUCUUGUGUGCCAAACUACUCUCUAUCGAAUACAUUGAUCUCGCCGAACAGUCACUCCAGACACUCGAAAAAAUAUCGCUCGAGCAACCUACAGCAGUACUUCGUUCCGGUGGUCUCAUGGCCGUCCUCUCUUAUCUCGAUUUCUUUUCAACCGGUGUUCAAAGAAUGGCAGUUUCAACUGCCGCCAAUAUUUGUCGUCAAGUUCCUCAAGAUUGUUUCGAAACAAUUAAAGACGCCAUUCCAAUUUUAUCUAAUCUUUUAGCUUAUACUGAUCAAAAAGUUGUUGAAUUAUCAUGUUUAUGUUUUUCAAGAUUGGUUGAAGCAUUUUAUGAUAAUCCACAGAAAUUACAAUCAUUGACAAGUGAUGGAUUACUUGGACAUUUGGUACAUAUUAUAUCAUCGAUGAAUAAUACUACGGUUGCAUUAUCACCAGCCACCUAUUCGCAAGUCAUUAGAAUCAUGUCCAAUAUUUGUCAUGGUUUGCCAUCAUCUUCGCUCAUCUUGCUCCAAGAGGGUAUUAUUGAAACCAUUCAAACCAUUUUGAUAGGCAAUACAAACGACUCUACUCUUUCUCGUUCGAGUCAACAAUGCUACGAGAUACUAUCACUCAUCAACGAAUUGCUCCCUCCACUUCCACAAGAGUUUAGUUCUCUUGCCCCCCCUUCACGUUCACUUCGCAAGGUGAAAAAGGAAGGAACCAGUAGCGCGGAAACCCAAGACUCUCGUAUCAUCAUGUACACUGAACAUCCAGACCUUCUCAUUACCUUUGGUCAAGGUCUAUUUGUCAUUCUUGUAGAUAUGUUUACUUCUACCGUCAACCCUUCUAUUCGUUAUCGUUGUCUUGGUUCUAUUUGUAAAAUUUUAUACUUUUCAACUUCUGAUAUGAUUAGAGAUUUAUUAAAGAAUUUUGGAUUUUCAAGUUUCUUGGCAGGAUUAUUAGGUAGUAGAGAUAUGACUAUAGUUUCAACUGCUUUAAAGAUUUCAGAGAUGAUGAUGGAAAAGUUACCAUCAAUCUUUGAUCGAUAUUUCAAGAGAGAAGGUGUAUUGUACGAGAUUGAUAGAUUAUCAAAAUUGGAACCACUUAUUACUGCGUCACCACCAAAGGAUGAAGAUGAUGAUCUUAAUUUAUCCUCUUCCUCACCACCAACAACAGUGCAUACUCCAACCAAAUCACAUUCAUCACCCAUUUCUAUACCAAUGUCUACACCACCACGUAAUAUUCCUCCACCUUUGGCCAGUUCACCAUUUGGCAGUAAUCAAUUCUUUGUUGGAUCACCUGCAAGUCUUCCACCUGGAACUCCGAUGUCUCAAAAUCUAUCUGGUUCUGUUCCAACCACUCCAUCAUCUCCUCCAAACCCAUUACAAACUUCAACCACUUCAACUACUACAACCACCACCACCACCACCACCACCAAUGCAGCAGCUGCAGCAGCUGCCCCAGCUGAUGAAUUGAAAUCUGCAGUUUGUAAAGAAGCAAGAAGAUUUAAAGAAAAAUAUUUCCUUAAACAAUUAUCACAUGAUAGUUUAGCAACUGAUGAAUUAAAAUCAUUAAAAGUAUUAAGCGAAAAAUUAAAUAGAUGUUAUAAUGAUGUAGGAGUCGAUGUUUUACAAGAGAUUAGUUCAACAUUGACUACUAGCGAAGGUGUAUCAGCAUUUGAAUUUUUGCACAGUGGAUUGGUAUCGAGCAUCCUAUCCUAUUUGACUAGGGGAGAUGUUAGUAAACAUGCCGAGUGUUUUAGCAAGGUCUUUUUGUCACCAAUCAAAAACAACAACAAUAUCUCUCAACAAAUAUUGUCGUCGUCGCCAGCCAAACAACUUUCGUCAUCGUUGACGAUGAGUCGUGGUAUGGACCAGCCGGUAGUGUUGUUGACUAUGCUCGUCGGUAAACUUCACGAUGCAUUGACCAAGGUUGAGAGAUUCUCAAUCAAUAUCAACGAGGUUGGUGGAACUAGCAGUGGACUCAAAUAUCUCGCACAACCAUUCAAGUUAAAGUUGGUCAAGGAUUGUGAUGAUGACUCGUUAAAAGACUAUUCGUCCAAUGUCGUCUUGAUUGAGCCUUUGGCCACUAUCGUUGCGAUUGAAGAGUUUUUGACAUCGCGUGUCAUCACCAAGCCAACUGCCGCUGCCGCCGUACCAGCUGCAAGUAAAUCAGUGGUUGCACCCACACCAGCAAGUAUCAAGGAAAAGAGUGGUGGAGAUGAUGAUAUGGACGAAGACGAGGAUGAAUACCAUGACGAUUAUGAAGACGAUGAAUUAUUGCAAAACAACGAUGAUCAAGGAGCCAAUGAAAACGAAUCAGAUGUCCAUGAUGUAAAGAUUAAUGAAUUGAAUACUUCUGGAACUAUUCCAACUCCUCCAACUGCUACUGCCACCACCACUUCAACUUCGACUACUAGUACAACCUCGACUACUAGUACAACAUCGACUGCUUCACCUCCAUCGGCUAGUACAACUUCUACUUCUACAUCUACGACCACUACUUCUUCACCAUUAUCAACUACACCACCACAAACAAGAUUAAAUCAAUCCACCUCAUCAACUUCUACACCACCACAACCACAACAACCAAAGAUUGCUAUUUUUGCUGAUGGUCAAAGAUUAUUACCUACUGUAACCAUUUUCCAAGCUGUACAAAAGUUGGUCAAAGCAAACCAAAAUAAUAUUUUGACAAACAAUAACAAUAAUAAUAAUAACAAUAGUGAACAAUCAAAUGAAAAUAUGGUCCCAACAAGUAGAUUGUGGGAAGGAACUCAUUCAUUGAAAUAUAGAUUCCUUACUCAAAGUGAAUUAGAACAACCAACAAGUCAACAAUCUUUAGUUUCAACUACAAAACCAAAAAUUUCAGGAUUAGGAGAAUCAAAUUUAGUUUCAUUUUUAGAGGAAGGACAUAUAUUCCCACUUUCUUCUAGUGAUACAACCUAUGAAAUCAUAUCACUGAUUAGAGUAUUAUUCAAACUGUGUUAUGAAAAUGAUGGUGGUUUCUAUAUAGGAAGCAGUUAUGUAGCACAAUCUGAAUUUAUUUCACAGAAACUGACAGCCAAGGUUAUGCGUCAACUUCAAGAUCCCUUGGCAUUGUGUAGUGGAGCUCUUCCAGAUUGGUGCAAGCAAUUGCUUACCUAUUGUCCAUUCCUCUUCCCAUUUGAAUGUCGAAGACUCUUUUUCUACUCUACUUCAUUUGGCAUUGCAAGAGCUCUUUCUACACUCCAACAACGACAAGAUCUCAUUCGUCAGACUGGAGCAGACUCUACAUCUAGCAGCAACAACAACAACAAUAACCGUGGUGAGGUUCGUGUAGGAAGAAUUCAACGUCAAAAGGUUAGAAUCUACCGUAACCGUAUCUUAGAGUCUGCAUUCAAGGUGAUGGAAUUGUACGGAAAAUCAAAGUCUAUCCUAGAAGUGGAAUACUUUGGUGAGGUUGGUACUGGUUUGGGUCCUACUUUGGAAUUCUUUACUUUGGUUUCAAGAGAAGUUCAAAGAAAGGAUUUAGAUCUUUGGUAUAUUGAUGAUUUAAUAACAACUGAUAAUGAUCAAGAUAUGAAAGAUGUCAAACAAAAAGAUCAAAAUAAUAAUAAUAAUAAUCAAAAUAAUAAUACGACUCCUACUACUACUACUACGAAUUAUGUUUAUACAGCUGGAGGAUUAUUCCCAAAACCAGUUAGACCUGGUACCAUUACCAAAAAGGUACUUGAUUAUUUCAAGUUUUUGGGAAUGUUUGUUGCCAAGGCAUUCUUUGAUCAACGUCUUGUUGAUAUUCCAUUCUCCAAGCCAUUCUACAAGUAUCUUAUCAAUGGAGACUUUGAAUUUGACGAUCUUAGAAACAUUGCACCAUCAUUUGCCAACUCUAUUCGUAGUUUGUAUGCUUUGGUAUUAAAGAUCAAGGAGAUUCGCGAAUCAGCAUCGUUGGACGACACUCAAAAGAAUAAUGAAAUCCAAGCACUCAGAAUCGGAGGUGCUCGUGUUGAAGAUCUCUGCUUGGACUUUGUCCUUCCAGGCUACCCAGACUGGGAACUCAAACCAGGUGGUUCCAAGAUUAGCAUCACAUUGGACAACUUGGGAGAGUACAUCAACCUCAUCUUGACCAAUUUCUUGUACAGUGGUGUAUGUCAACAAAUCGAUGCAUUCAAGGAAGGAUUCAACCAAAUCUUCCCAAUCUCUAGUUUGGGAUCUUUUUCAAUUCACGAAAUUGAAUCCUUGUUGUGUGGUUCAUUGGCUGGCUCUGAUGGUGAUUGGACUGUUGAAUCGUUGAUGGAAAGCACCAAAUGCGAUCACGGUUUCACCAACACAAGUGAACCAGUCCAAAACUUUUUCAAGAUCAUGUCUGAAUUCAACGAAGAUGAGAGAAAGCAGUUCCUUCUCUUUAUCACUGGUAGUCCGCACCUCCCCAUCCAAGGAUUCAAGGGUCUCAAUCCUCGUCUCACCAUUGUAAAGAAACAUCAUAAUCCUCCAUACCAACCAGACGACUUUUUGCUUAGUGUAAUGUCUUGUACCAAUUAUAUCAAAUUACCCCACUAUUCAUCAAAAGAUAUUAUGAAACAAAAACUUUUAUAUGCAAUGAAAGAAGGUCAAUCUUCUUUCCAUUUAUCUUAA